AUCUUACAUCUUAUUUUACGUCGUCCCAGUCACCAGUGCAUUUUAAUUUUAUGGAGCAAAUCCAUCAAGUUGUAGUUUUUAUUUUUUACUAAAUCAAAAUUUAGCUCAAUAAUUUAAAUAAUGAAACUAGUCAAUUUUAGCUCGUUUAUACUCUUAACUAUUAAUCUAAUCCUCAUGCCAAAAACCGAGUCUCAUGCAUCUCCUGAUAUCAACGACCUGAUUCAGGAACUUGUUCGAGGACAUUUGAUGGAUCGGGGAACUUCGAUGUUGAAAGAUUUUGGAAAAUCUGCCUUAUUUAACAGUCCUUUGAAUAUAUUUAAAAAGUUGGGCCCCAACACUGCAGACGGUGACGGUGGAAAUAUUAAAGAUUCAAAAAGUACUGUUGAAGAAGCUCAAUCAUCGUCUGAAGCUGUCGAUUUUGAUGCCGACCCAGCCAAAUAUAUUACGACAAUAAAGCCAUUGGCGACUUGUACUGCUGGAAGGGAUAUAUCUUCAAUUUUAUACCCCUGGCAGAUAUUCGAUUUUAAAAAUGAAGUCAGUCUAAAUCAGCAAAACGCUAGACUAUGCGUCCCUCUCGUUGUUUGUGGAAGUCAUAUAUUUAACACGGGAAGGGGUCAGGAUGUCGACAUUUGCGAAAGAGGUGAUACUACUGCUACUUCAGUAGGAAAAAAAUCAUCGAUGGGCGUUUGCUGUCCUAUGGAAUCAAUAUUUCCGAACCUCGGGAACAUUACUCCUCUGAAUUUCCUACUAAAUAUUUCAUCUCGAACCAUUAAACCCGUCAACCCACGUUUUCAUCGAGUUUUGUCCAACGGGACCCAGGUAGCAAUGGAGACAAUCAAGAAACUGUAUCUUUCUCAGGAGGAAAUGAAGCUGGCUGGAAAUUCUCAACAUAUGUCGACAAUUUUGGAUGAUGUUCUACUAGAAUCGAGAGAUGUUGGUGAUGGAGGACUCGGCCUUGUGGAAGUUACGAAAGCCAUAGCUGAAAAGUUGACUGGUAGUUCCAGCCUUAUCAAACAAGUACCCGCAGCCUCAGUGGUGGGAACUUUUACAAGUCGCAUAUUCUGUCCAUUACUCGAAGAUACACUAAAAACUUCUUGUCCUCAAACGACUCUUCGUUACCGUACUUUUGACGGAUCCUGCAAUAACAUGAAUGCCAUUACUGUAGGACAAAUUUUCGAACCCUUGGUCAGAAUCACAUCGUCUGCAUACGAGGAUGGCAUUUUCUCUCCUAGAAAGUCUUCCUCGUAUAUCGGGAGCGGUGGAAAUAGGGCUAGAGAUCUUCCGUCACCACGAAAAAUUGUGUCAGUCAUCUCCUUGGGUGUCAAACGUCCUUCUUCUCAAUUCACGUUUGGGUUUGCAGAGCAUGGUCAAUUUGUUGGGAACGACCUGUCCCAAAUAGUGAGCUAUGAUUUAGGUCAAGAUACAAAGAUUAAAUGCUGUACCAAAGAAGGAAAGUAUCUUGACAAACCUGCAGAGCAACACCCACUUUGUUUGAAUAUUGACGUCCAAGCGGAUGAUCCAUUUUAUUCCACCUUUGGAGUACAGUGUUUACCAUUUGUAAGGUCCAUGGUGUCCUCAAAGCAGUGCGCCAUAGGGGCUGCCCAACAAAUCAAUCAAGUAACUCACUGGUUGGAUUUAUCUCAAAUUUAUGGUUCCUUGGAUCGUGUUUCUAACUACUUGAGAGAAUUCAAAGCCGGACGCUUGAGAACAUUCGAGUAUCAAGGGAAUGACUACCUAACAAUUGAUCCGUCAUGCAAUUUAGCUCUACACUCUGGGAAAUGUGGAUUUCGAACAGGUGACUCACGAGCUAACAACAAUUUAUAUUUGACCAUGUUGCACACUCUUUGGCGAAGAGAACACAAUCGAGUUGCCAAUAUUUUAACCACUUUCAACCCUACAUGGAGUGAUGAGAUCUUAUUCCAUGAAGCCAGGCGUAUCGUAAUUGCCGAGUAUCAACACAUCACAUACAAUGAAUUCCUUCCUUUUGUUCUUGGCUCAAAAUAUUCCAAACGAUUCAAUCUUCUCCCAAAAUUCGAGGGCUACACAGAAUACAACUCGGAGGUUGACGCUUCUGUGUCGAAUGAACAUACAACGGCAGCAUUUCGCAUGGGGCACUCCACCAUUCCAGAUUUUCUGAAAAUAAUUUCAGACAAGAAAACUAUAUCCACGAUUGGGAUGAAAGAUUCGAUAGAACACCCACUGAAAAUAAUGGGUGACGAAAUCCCCGACAGUGUCAUUCGAGGAAUGAGUAGAAUGUCAAUGAACAACGUAGAUCAAACGGUUAUCCAAGAGGUUUCCAGUAAAUUGUAUAAACCACCCUCAUCGCUUUUUGGGAUGGACUUAUUUUCCAUGGACAUUCAGCGAGGGAGAGACCAUGGGCUUCCAAGCUAUGCCCAGGUCGUAAACGCACUCUCAUCAUAUUGUGACCUCCCACCCAUCUUUAGUUUCAAGGACUUUCAAGCCCUGUCCAUUAGCCUUGAGAAGGUGAGGCAGCUUCAGGAAGUGUACGACCACUUUGACGAUGUGGAUUUAUUCAUCGGAGGGCUAAUGGAGGAGGCUACGCCGGGUGGAAUCGUUGGCCCAACAUUCGCAUGCAUUAUUGGAGACCAGUUUUCUAGAGCAAAGUUUGGGGACAGGUUCCAUUAUACACAUGGACAAUUGUCCAACUCAUUAUCAACAGACCAACUUCAACAAGUAAGGAGGGCUAGUGCAGCUCGAGUUUACUGUGACAAUAGUAAAGAUAUCCAUGAAAUUCAACCUUUGGCAUUUCAAAAACCUUCGAGUUUCAACCAACUCGUGGAUUGUUUCGACCAGGUUGUGAUACCACGCGUGGACCUUUCUAUGUGGAAGAACCAGAAUCCAUCCAGUGAACAAUAAUAUUUAAGGUGCAGGAAAUAAAUUUUUAAGUUUAGAUAAAUGUAUGCAAGAAAGACUGUAACAUAUUACAUGUAAUUUCAAUACUUUGCUUUAUUCAUUUCGUAAAUAAAUUCUACAUCAUCCAUGAA